ACGCAAUCCAAAACUAGAGGUGAGGCUUUUCUUGUCAAAACAUAUUUAAGCAAAAUACAAAAUGUAAAUGCAUGAACUUGCCAAAGCACUUGUUAGCAACUACCAACACAUUCUAAUUGGUUCAGAAGUCUGAAUUCACUGAGUUCAAAUCAUCAAAUGGGCUCCAUCCCCUGUACUCACCCUAUACUUCCUCAUAUUUUCACCGGAUCAAGCAUACCCAGAUCCUUGCUCUUGAAGCACAAUCAACGAUGGUGGAAUUUGAGCAGUUGGGCUUCUAGCUUUGAUGCAGCAGAAAGUUUAUCUAAUGAUCAAAGUUCAUCUCAUUUGGAAAAUCAAAAUGCGUCUCUGAAUUCAGUUUUUGGCACAUUAGAUGCCAAAAUAACCCCAGAAACCAUUAACUUUUUUGUUAGUGAUGCUGAAGGUGACCCUGAUUGCCCAACCAAAGGUUAUUCUUCUAUUCAUCAGGCUCUCAUCACCCUUAAACAAGGAAAGUUUGUGAUUGUUGUAGAUGAUGAAAAUGAAGAUGAAGGGAAUUUAGUAAUGGCAGCAUCCUUAGUGAGUCCCCAAGCCAUGGCCUUUAUGGUUAAACAUGGAACAGGAAUUGUUUCUGUUGGGAUGAGGGGAGAAGAUCUUGAAAGAUUAGAGCUUCCUCUUAUGACACCGGAUAGCGAAAAUGCAGACUCUGCUGCUCCUACUUUUACUGUCACUGUGGAUGCUAAAGUAGGCAUCACAACUGGAGUAUCAGCUUCGGAUAGAGCAAAAACAGUUGCUGCUCUUGCAUCUCCGAACUCUAAGGCUGAAGAUUUCAGGAGGCCUGGUCAUGUUUUUCCCCUCAAGUAUAAAAAUGGUGGGGUUCUAAGGAGAGCAGGACAUACUGAAGCUUCUGUUGAUUUGGUUAUGUUGGCUGAAUUAAGACCAGUUUCAGUUCUUUCAGCCAUUAUUGAUCAACAUGAUGGUUCAAUUGCCUCUUUAACCACUUUAAGAAAACUAUCUUUGGAGCACAACAUUCCUAUUGUCUCCAUUACUGAUUUAAUCAGAUAUAAGAGAAAGAGGGAGAGGUUGGUAGAAAGAACAGCGGUUUCAACGAUUCCUACAAACUGGGGACAAUUUGAAGCUUAUUGCUAUAACUCAAAGCUAGAUGGAAUAGAACACAUAGCUCUUGUAAAGGGAGACAUAGGAAAUGGUGAAGACAUCCUAGUAAGAGUUCAUUCAGAGUGCUUAACAGGUGAUGUAUUUGGUUCAGCACGAUGUGACUGUGGAAAUCAGCUAGCUUUAGCAAUGGAGCUGAUUGACAAAGCUGGAAGAGGAAUUUUACUUUAUCUACGAGGUCAUGAAGGGAGAGGAAUAGGCUUAGGUCAUAAACUCCAAGCUUAUAACUUGCAAGACCAAGGCCAUGACACCGUUGAAGCUAAUCUCCAACUUGGACUGGAAGCUGAUGCUCGUGAUUAUGGUAUUGGUGCACAGAUUCUGAGGGAUAUUGGAGUUCGAACAAUGAGGCUAAUGACCAAUAAUCCAGCAAAAUUCACUGGCUUAAAAGGCUAUGGCUUGGCUGUGAUAGGAAGAGUUCCUGUGUUAACACCUAUAACUGACCAAAACAGAAGAUACUUGGAAACAAAGCGGGUUAAGAUGGGCCAUAUAUAUGGAUCUGAUAUACAACAAUCAUUGCCGGGUUUCAUUGAUCCGAAUCUUAUAAACUCGGAUACACAACAGAGUGCUGAAGAAACAAAUUGAACCUUUUUUUUAGUAUAUACUCCGUACAUAAAAGCCUUCUACACACCAUUUUUCUUUCCGAAGCAUAUAACCUUUUCUUUGUGGAAGAAAAGGUUUAUGUGAAUUAUUCUUCCACGUAAACAACGAACAAAAGAAAAAUAACAGUAUCAAGUACAGUGUACAGCAUAUCAAAUAUCAAAUGGCCAAUGCAACAUAAUACUCCCAAGUUUCUGAAUGAACGAUAAUUUCCGAUUCCAUGUUUCA